GGGCUGUGCCGGGAUGGCCGGACUCGUGGACUUCCAGAACGAAAGCGAAGUGAAGGCGUACCUCGACAGCCUCGGCAUCGAGUACAGUUACCAGUGCCACAAGGAAAGAGACGCCGAAGGAUGUCAACGACUUGCUGAUUAUUUGGAAGGAAUUAAGAAAAACUAUGACCUGGCUGCUCAGGUGUUAAAGAAAAACUGUGAGGAGAACCAUUAUGGAGAAAGCUGCUUCAAGCUCGGCGCUUACUAUGUUGGUGGGAAAGGUGGAUUGCAACAAAAUCUGAAGGCUGCCUACGAUUGCUUUGUUAAAUCUUGUGAGAAGGGUGGCAAGAAGUCGGUCGAUGCCUGCCACAACGUUGGGCUGUUGGCGCAUGAUGGACGAGCACUAGAUAAAUCGGACGCCGUGGUGGCCAGAGAUUAUUACACCAAAGCCUGCAAUGGAAAUUUUACAGCCAGCUGUUUUAAUCUGAGUACUUUAUAUAUCCAGGGAGCACCCGGAGUAGCCAAGGAUAUGAGCCAGGCCCUAAAGUAUUCCCUUCGAGCCUGCGACCAGGGGCACAUCUGGGCCUGUGCGAACGCCAGCCGCAUGUACAAACUAGGAGAAGGAACGCAGACAGAUAACGAAAAGGCUGAACUUUUGAAAAAUCGAGCAAGGGAUCUGCACAAGGAACAAAAACAAUAUUCGCCAGAGUUUAAGUUAGGGGUCUAAGAUCCAAUAUCCGGCAUUAAACGGAUUGCGUGGGGAUUUUUUGGAGGAUAUUUUCUAUGCAUUUUUGCAAAAAUCCAAUGUAGACUAUCAACAUUGACGUUUAAUACAAUCAGUGUUGAUGAUAAAAGUAAUAAAGCUUACGUUUGAUAUUCUUUCGACUUAAUCGUGUCACAGUGUCCCAAAGCGCCCCACAAAGGUUUCUCUGAAGUGCAGUGACUGGAUAUUUACAACAACAACAACAAAUUAUAUUUGUAUGCUGCCUUCCCGUUAGGAGGCAAAUGACUGCAUAACGAAGGCAAUGGAUCUGCACUGGAUUUUUCUAAAAGCAAAAAUUUCCCUCAAAAACGAACCCACAAUAUAGUUAGUUUGACAGAACUCGGAAUGAAUCAAAUUUAAUUUUCAUUGCACUGAAUCCCAAGUUUUUAACUUUUAUUUUAAGGUUUCCAUCAAAGUUCUGCAAGUACUGCACUCAUUCCUAGUUAGAGCAUCUCUUGCAGGCUUAUUUCUGAUCGAGAGGGGCUGGAAGAUGUGAUCAGAGCAAUUUCCAGAACCCGUGAUGGGAGAAAUUUCACUCCUGGACAUCGAAAUGCACUUCAAAAUAGGUGGUGUCUUGCUUAUCAGACAUCCCGCCCCUAUUUUAAUCAGUGACCCAGGUUCUCAUGCUCCAUCUGAAAAGUUUUGCCACCAGAGCAGAGAGUGGAGAACACAACAAUUGGAACAGCAACUUACCCAUCCUUUGGCUGAAUCCUGCUUGCUGAAUUGCACUAUGUAGUGCUACAUUGCACUAAUAUCCCCAUUGCAUUGUCUUCAGAUGGCGCUUUCAGCCACUUUGGGAGAUUCCUGUCUAUGAGACAGUUGUCAUUGGCUCAUAUAGCCUACUUAGCUACCAAAUGCACGUACAAAUGCAAGUCAUAUACCUCAGUCAGUUAAACACUGGGCUGCCUCCAUCUAUUCAUCACUCUGUGUACGAUUGCUGAACCUGAGCAGCUUUCAACACCCUCCCUCUUCCAAGCUAAGUGUCCAGCUUGAUUGAAAUAAACAGUGACGUCUCGUAUUGUUUUAAUGCAUUUUGUGUGCGUGUUUUGUUGUCUUGGUGCUGUUGAGAGGAAUAACAACUGUGGAAGAAUAAAGGGUUCAUUCUGUUUUC